UCGCCACAGCCACCGACUUCCUGCCACCGUGAGCUCUUGAAACGCUCGACGAUACAGCGCCGGACGAGGAAGACCGACCGCCGCCGCCGCCAUUCCAGGAGCUCAAACCUCUGCGCACCCAUCAACCGUCCAGGGCGGGGCGGGCCUGUUGCAGUACUCCAGCCUCGCUGCACCUCGACCUGCAAGCACAGCGAACAACACAACACGCAGCCACCUUGUGUACGCCUGCGCUCCAGCCCCUCCGCCGCCAUCGCAUGCUCCGGAGCGCACAUCGCCAUCUUCUCGUCUGCAGACUUGUCCGUCGCAUAGAAUAGCCGGGAGUCAUAGCAGGCCCGCAUGGUUUCCUAUCCCGACUCGCAGGGCGCAGAGCGCUCGCUCGCCAUCCGCCGCCCGCCGUCCGUAACCUCGCACUCGUCGCGCGCUUCGACCGUCCGAAGGCAUCGCCCGCACCGCUCGCAUUUUGGGGGCUCCUCGUACCAGCCGCAGAACGAGUUCCCCGUAUUUACGCACACGGGCGAUGUCGACAUUUUGAUCUCCAACGGGCGGAAAGAGCAACGCUAUCUGCUCCACAAGCUCAUCUUGGCGCAAUGCUCCGGGUUUUUCGAGGCGGGACUGAGCGACGAGUGGGCGACGGCCGGCGAGAGCAGCGCGCAGAGCGCAACCUCGGCAGCACUCGCGAGGGUUCCGCAAGGCGCUCUACAGGAGAAGAAGGUCUGGAAGUACGAACUCGAAUGGGGAAGGGACGACGAUCUUCCCAUGCUGAUUCAGAAGAAAGCGCAACCCACGUUAUUUGGCGGUGAUGGCGCGUCCUCGCAGCCGCCAGCGCUUCGUAACAAGCCGCCAGCGCCUCAAGCGGGCUUCUUCCGCAGCAUGGCCAACUUCUCCUCCCUACACGUGCCCACGACGCCCACCGACCCCGACGACGACACCUUUCGAGACUACGACAACCUCCUCCGCGUAUUCUAUAAUUAUCCUCCUGCUCUAGACCCCGUCAAUAUCGCAAACGCAUACGUCGAAUGCAAGUCGCUUCUUCAGAUCGCCGACAUGUACGAUGCGCUCGAUGUGAUAGGGCCGCGAGUUGAUCACCAUCUGCUACGAUUCCAGGGCCGGUUGUGGAAGCAGAUUGCCAAAUACCCCCCAAGCUACCUCAAGCUAGGCUACAUGGCACGGAGCAAGGCGAUAUUCUCGGAAGCAAUGGUACACGUCGUGGGUCAAUGGCCGCAGGGCAUGAACCAGCUGAGAGGACAAGUCGCUGAGUCAGUCCUGGAGCUGGUGGAAGACAAAGUGGAUGAGAUGGAUGAGCUAAAGGCAAAAGUUGAGGUCAAACUGUUCCGGUUGACACUUACAACGAGCAGAGGCGAGCGUGUGACACCUUCGAACAACUGGCUCGAGUGGAUGGCCAUAUCUCUGUUCCGGCAAUGGCUCGCAGAAAAUACCACGCCACCACCCGCACCAAUUUUGAAGUCUCCGCGACAGCCUUCGCGAAGCGGAGAUGAUACGCCUUUGCCUCCUCCACCACCCUUUAACACCGGCCGAAUAUUCAAACUUCUUGGCACUGGCGGGGCAAGCUAUCUGGGGCACGAUGAGUGCAAGCGCUUCCUCAAGCUGAGUCCCGAGCAUUACAAUCGGGACAACCUGAAGCGUUUCGAACGACGCAUCGAGGAGAUCAAAAACAAGGCAAAAGACGCUGUGAAGCCUCUCAUGCGGAAUUUCCUCGAGUUGGAUCUUAGAGAAGGUGGUUUGCCAUAUUUGACAUGUACGCGCAUUGACCCACAUGAUUUUCCAUGGGAUGAGUAGAAUUUGGCCUGGAAGUGAACGCUUAUUUGUUAUGUGAUAUCUCGGACAUCGAUAUCAGGAGUCGGCGCAGGAAAUGGCUAUUUGGUUUUGUAAGAGAAGGAUAUUUUUGGCGCCAGAUACCCUAGUUCACGUUUAUUUGUCAUUUGCUGCCCUGUUUCCUUUGCAUUUGCGGCAUAUAGGAUAAUGCAAUCUGACAAGGGAGACGUGCUGGUCACGCCUUUCUGGGGAAG